UCCCCCCGUUUUUCCCCCAUUUCUCCCCCACCAUGUCCGAGUCCCUGGGCUGGUGCGUGGAGGCCGUGCGGGCCGCGGCCGAGCCGUCGCUGUCGCGGGCGCUGCUGGCGCUGCGCACCCGGCACACGCGGCGGGCCGGGGGCCCCGCGCGGUUCCGGGAGCGAGGGGGGCUCGGGCCGCUGCUGGAGCUCGUGGGGCCCGAGCGGCCCCGGAGGGUGCUGGAGCUGGCGCUGAGCGUGCUCGGGAACUGCUGCACCGAGCCCGGCUGCCGGCGGCAGGCCAGGAGCCUCGGAGGGGUGCCGCGGCUGGGUGAGUGAGGGGAAAAGUGCCCGGUGUGAGGGGGAAAGUG